AUAGAUUCUCGAUCUCAUGCUUUGAUUAUUAAUAAACCUCUCCACCCACAUAUUUAACUUAGAUAGUUUUUUUCCUUCUUUCCAUUAAUCUUUUUCUUCGACAACUUUCUUAAUCAAUAGUAGUUAAACUAACCAAUAUUUUGAAAACUUUUUUUCUUUUUUUUCUUUGUCACAGAGAAGCAUGUUCUAGAAACCAAAACAGUCUCUCAUUUCAUUUUUAAAGUCCUGUUGGUUUUCUUUUUUUUUCCCCUUUCUCCUUUGAUCUUUGGAAAACCAAUGAGCACUUUGCAAAACGACAAUAAUGGCGGCAUCGAACAGUGUUAGGUUAUAUGUUCCAGCUGGGAACGCUUGCAAGGCAGAGAAGAUGAUAAUGGCGGUUUCCAUGUCAGGUUUUUAUAACCCUUUGAAUGUUGCAGUCAGUAAUUAUUGUUCAAAGCAAAGAAGAAGCUUCUGCUUUAGUGUUAGAUCAGCGAGUGUUCCUAGCAGUCGGAAAAGUGUGGGAACCAUUAAUAUUAAUGGGAAUAAAGUGAAUGGGAUUUCAGUGGGAGAGAAUCCAAUAUUAGGUACGGGUGGGAAAAGAAUUAGUAGUGAGAUAUUAGGAAAUGGAAAUGGUGGUGGUGAUGAUGAUCUUCAUGAAUGUUUGCUCGGAAAGUUUGUUGAGAAACGGUUCGUUUAUAGGCAAAGCUUCAUUAUUAGGUCUUAUGAAACUGGUCCUGAUGGUACUGCUACCAUGGAAACACUCAUGAAUUUGCUUCAGGAGACAGCGUUGAAUCAUGUGACAAGCUCAGGGCUAGCGGGGAGUGGAUUUGGAGCAACCCGAGAAAUGAGCCUCCGGAAACUCAUUUGGGUGGUUACCCGUAUCCACAUUCAAGUACAGAGAUAUAGUUGCUGGAGAGACAUUGUGGAGAUAGAUACAUGGGUUGAUGCAGCAGGGAAAAAUGCAAUGCGAAGGGACUGGAUUAUCAGGGACUAUAAAUCUAAAGAUAUCAUAGCUAGAGCAACAAGCACUUGGGUGAUCAUGAAUAAUGAAACAAGAAGACUAUCUAAGAUUCCUGAACAAGUUAGACAAGAGGUUAUGCCCUUUUACCUAAACAGAUCUGCAAUCCACAAAGACAAAAAUGACAUCGAAAAGAUCGACAAGAUCACCGAUGAAACUAUUGAUAGAAUUAAAUCUGGUUUAGCACCAAGAUGGAGCGAUAUGGAUGCCAACCAGCACGUAAACAAUGUCAAAUACAUUGGAUGGAUUCUGGAGAGUGUGCCAAUAAAUGUGCUAAGAGAUUAUGAUCUAACAAGCAUGACUCUUGAGUAUCGCCGAGAAUGCACGCAAUCCAAUUUGCUAGAAUCCUUGACGAGUCCAACAGCAAGUGUGGCUGAAGAUUCAAACAAUAACUCCAUCAAUCGGAAACCAGACAACGAAUAUACACACCUACUGAGGAUGCAAGAUGAUAAGGCAGAGAUUAUACGAGCAAGAACAGAAUGGCAUUCCAAACAAAAACGAUGAUCUCCAUUACACUUCAAAAAUAUAUUCUUUCACGUAUGGUUUUUACAUUGGUUUUCUUCAUUUGUUUACUACCUUUUUUUUUUUUCUUUUUUUUUGUGCUGUAAUUAAUUAAUCAUCAGGCCAAUCCAUAUUUUGCCUGUGCACCUCCAUGUUUUACGGUGCAUUGUUAGGAAUGAAUCAGCGUAUUGUGAAUUA